CGGCGGGGUGGCAGACAAAGACGGGUCGGGUUCCGAUGUGAGUCCCGGAGGCGGGUGGGGGAAAGUGAGCGCGUCGGGCACCGAGGGCUGCUACUGGCACUCCGACUGGCAUAGGACUGGCAUACAUUCUCUUUCUGCCCGCUGGCUGCGGGCUCGGCAACCGGACUCAUGUUGUGUGGGAGAGAGUGAGCGCUGCUCGGCACUCAGAUCACACUGACCCUAAAGGCAGAUAGGAAGGGACCCGUUACUGCCAUAUCCCACCCAGGACAAGAAUCCACGGUGCCCCGGCAUGGUGUCCAGCAACUUUUGGCCUCACCUUUCAACCAAUUGAUAUGCGUCCUUCAGCAGACAGCAGUGCUGUGAGGCCCUAUUCAUCUUUUAUUUUGAUUCCAAACCUUCUCCCUGGUUGCUAAGCCUGACAGAGACCAUGUCACAUUACACAGAUGAGCCUCGAUUUACCAUAGAGCAGAUAGACCUGCUACAGCGCCUUCGACGCACGGGAAUGACCAAGCAUGAGAUCCUCCAUGCGCUGGAGACGUUAGAGAGGCUCGACCAAGAGCACAGUGAUAAAUUUGGCAGGAGGUCCACGUACGGGAGCAGUUCCUAUAGCAACAGUACCAACAACGUCCCAGCCUCUUCCUCUACAGCCACCGCUUCCACGCAGACUCUUCAUUGUGGGAUGUCUCCCUCGCCGAGCAACAGCUGCGACACCUCUCCGCAACCUUGCACUACCAAUCAGAACGGGAGGGAAAGCAGCGAGAGGGUGGCGACGUCCAAUGGCAAGUUGUCCCCAACACGGUACCAUGCUAACAGCAUCGGCCCGAGGUCGUACAGCUUCGAGGCCUCCGAGGAAGAUCUAGACGUGGACGACAAAGUGGAAGAACUUAUGAGGAGGGAUAGCAGCGUCAUUAAAGAAGAAAUCAAGGCGUUUCUUGCCAACAGGAGAAUAUCCCAAGCAGUCGUUGCCCAAGUGACUGGUAUCAGUCAGAGUCGCAUCUCACACUGGCUGCUGCAGCAGGGAUCCGACCUGAGCGAGCAGAAGAAAAGGGCUUUUUACCGAUGGUACCAGCUGGAGAAGACCAACCCUGGUGCAACACUAAGCAUGCGACCUGCCCCUAUCCCCAUAGACACAGACGCAGAAUGGAGACAGACCCCGCCUCCUGUCACCGCCACUUCCGGCACCUUCCGGUUACGAAGGGGAAGUCGGUUCACCUGGAGGAAGGAAUGCUUGGCUGUGAUGGAAAGCUAUUUUAAUGAGAACCAGUACCCGGACGAGGCCAAGCGCGAGGAGAUUGCCAACGCCUGCAACGCCGUCAUACAGAAACCAGGCAAGAAGCUGUCGGACCUGGAGCGGGUCACCUCGCUGAAAGUCUACAACUGGUUCGCUAAUAGGAGGAAGGAGAUCAAGAGACGAGCCAACAUUGAAGCAGCAAUCCUGGAGAGUCAUGGGAUCGAUGUACAGAGCCCCGGGGGUCAUUCCAACAGCGACGACGUGGAUGGAAAUGAUUAUUCGGAACAGGAUGACAGUACGAGCCAUAGCGACCAUCAAGACCCAAUCUCAUUAGCAGUGGAAAUGGCAGCCGUCAACCACACCAUCUUGGCGCUGGCCCGGCAAGGAACCAACGAGAUCAAGACAGAGGCUCUGGACGACGACUGAUGCCAGCGAGACGCGCGGGAAGGGUCAAACAUGAAAAUACUUAGACUUAGACGUAGCACCUUAGCAAUCUUUCCUCAGUCCUUAAUAUGUGUUCCUCUUACAGUAUAACUGCAGUCUCUUGUUCUUCGACUUAGCCGGUAGGGUCUUGUCCUGUACGGGUGGCAUGGUGCCAUAGCCUGUGUGUUUGCUCUCUCAGUAUUAACCCCCCCACGCGGGUCCCUUAACGUGACUGCUCCAUCUUGGCAUUCCAGUUUAAAGUGCUUCCAGCCUUAAUCAUAUUUAUACAUUCCCUGGAUUCUUUAUCUGCCCCGCAGUCAGACUCUCUAGUGCCCCUGGCAUGUACCACUACCAGGGGUCUGUCUGCUUCCCCCCCCCCCAACUGUCAUGGCAGGCUUCCCAGAAUCCUCAGCUCUCCCAAGGAAACCAACUUCUUGGCAGCCGGCAGUUGGUAGGUUGUAUCUCAUUAUUAGAAAUGUUAUUUUAUUUCUGCUUUAUUAUUGGGGUAUGUGAGAGAGAGAGUCGGGGGGUAUGUGUGAGAGAGAGAGAGUCGGGGGGUACGCAGAGACCGCAGUAUUCACUCUCUUUGCAAAGCACUUUUAUACUCGGUACACAAUAGGAUAUAUAUUGUAUUAUAGAAACCAUGGGUGAUCUCUUAGUGAUGCAACACACCCAGUACCCUCUAAAUGCCAAAGUCUUUCUCAAGGUGCAGGGAGGUGUAGGUCCCCAGUGCCCAGCAGACUGGCUAGUGUCCCCAGUGCCCAGGACACUGGCUAGUGUCCCCAGUGCCUGACCCAUUGUAAGUGGGACUUAGCUUGGGUUCCCCACUGUCCAACCCAUUGUAAGUGGGACAUGGCUAGGUUCCCCCGUGCCCGACCCAUUGUAAGUGGGACUUGGCUGGGUUCUCCAGUGCCCAACCCAUUGUAAGUGGGACAUGGCUAGGUUCCCCCGUGCCCGACCCAUUGUAAGUGGGACUUGGCUGGGUUCUCCAGUGCCCAACCCAUUGUAAGUGGGACAUGGCUAGGUUCCCCCGUGCCCGACCCAUUGUAAGUGGGACUUGGCUGGGUUCUCCAGUGCCCAACCCAUUGUAAGUGGGACUUGGCUAGGUUUCCCAGUGCCCGACCCAUUGUAAGUGGGACUUGGCUGGGUUCUCCAGUGCCCAACCCAUUGUAAGUGGGACUUGGCUAGGUUUCCCAGUGCCCGACCCAUUGUAAAUGGGACAUGGCUUGGGUUUCCCAGUGCCCGACCCAUUGUAAAUGGGACUUGGCUUGGGUUUCCCAGUGCCCGACCCAUUGUAAAUGGGACUUGGCUUGGGUUUCCCAGUGCCCGACCCAUUGUAAAUGGGACUUGGCUUGGGUUUCCCAGUGCCCGACCCAUUGUAAGUGGGACUUGGCUGGGUUCUCCAGUGCCCAACCCAUUGUAAGUGGGACUUGGCUUGGGUUUCCCAGUGCCCAACCCAUUGUAAGUGGGACUUGGCUAGGUUUCCCAGUGCCCGACCCAUUGUAAAUGGGACUUGGCUUGGGUUUCCCAGUGCCCGACCCAUUGUAAAUGGGACUUGGCUUGGGUUUCCCAGUGCCCGACCCAUUGUAAAUGGGACUUGGCUGGGUUCUCCAGUGCCCAACCCAUUGUAAGUGGGACUUGGCUUGGGUUUCCCAGUGCCCAACCCAAUGUAAGUGGGACUUUCCAUAGCUGAGUGUAAAUGGGAAAGUGGGGGGGGGGGUAAGAUGAGAAGCACCCAUACUGGUGCCAUUAUGCAGCCGUCGUUGGGGGCAGUGGAAUAUGGGUUCUGGUUCUUUGACUCCGGUGUUUAGUUGAAUUAAAAAAAUCCCCAAAUCCCCCCCCCCCCAUGGAGGGUGAAGCCGUUGCCUGUAGGAGAAUAUUGCUAAAUAGAAGGAAUAGAGAGAAUCUCGGGGCGCUGGGCUGGGAUCUCACACGUAGAAUCACAUUGUGUCUCCGGCUCUGAACAUCCCUAGAAAUCGCUGGAUUUGAAAUGCAAAAAGGGAUAUGAAAGUAACAUAAAUCCCCCAUUAGCGGCAGAGCGGGGGGGGGGGGGGCGGGGCAGGCACCCAGGAAUUGGGGGGAUAAAGGGAGGAAUUCAUUAAACUCUGGGAGAAACUGUUGGAAUAGGAGCCUCGUUUCAUUUAACCCCUGCAUGCCCAGCAGCAAGGUGCCAGUACCCUAUUAUCUGCCCAUUCGUUUCUUGUCUUUAUUCUGUGGGAAUUGGGGGGGGGGGGGGGGGGGGGAAAUCUCCCCUUCCCUCGGCCGUGUGUUCAAAUGGACUUGCCCAUGGCCUGACACCCCUAUAACUAUAUGCUUCUCCCUCAUCCUGCCCCAAUAGGCUUACAGUUGGGUCCAAACCAAUAGGAUUGUGUAACCAGCCUUUAGGUGUCAGAACUACAGGCCCAAUUGGACUUUACAUAGAAAUGUCUUAUGUCUGUUGUACACCGGGCAGCUUUGCCCUAUAAAGCCAGUGGUUACAGUCA